AUGUCGGAUGCCACGGACCCCACAGAUGCCGCGACAACAGAGGAUUUUCUCAACAUUGCGCCCGAAACUAUGGAAGAGCUCCUGGCAACAAUCGUCUCACGACUGGAGCCCAUAAGCGCGAAGUGCCUGCGGGCUGUCCGUGCACAUCGGGCGCUAAGGUGCUUUGCCCAAGCGCUGCGAUCACCGAUUCCUGGCAUGGCGGAUGCAUCUUUCGAAACCACUGAAAUCGAUGAGUUUUGGAGUCAUAGCUGGCACGGCCGGAAGUGGAACAAAGCCUUGACGGCCAUGUACCUGAAGAACGGCAUGCUGGCAACUGCAGUGGCGACCUUUGUAAACGUUCUCUUGGCAGUCCUCGUGGGUGCUGAGAUUUUGCCGCCACGAUUUCAGGAGCAGCCUAUGUAUCCGUAUACCUCGUGGUGGUGCAGCGUCACCGGCUCCUUGCUAUACUGCAUUGUGUUUAUCUUCUGGCAACCGCGGCAAAAAGUCUUUGUGGAUGUGAUGUGCAUCAACCAGGAGAACGAGCAGGAAAAGUGUCAGGCGAUUCUGAGUAUGGGGGCUUUCCUGAAGUGCUCGGAGAAGCUGCUGGUAUUGUGGGAUACGACCUAUUGCCAUAGACUCUGGUGUGUCUUUGAAUUGGCGGGCUAUCUGCAUAGCCGCGGUACCACAAGGAAGCCAAAUCUUGAGAUCCGUCCGACAAUCCUGGGCCCGUGCUUGGUCUCAUUGCCGAUUGCGCUCUCUUGCGUCGUGGUGCUUCUGCCAUUCAUCCCAUGGGCUAUUUUCGAGGAGUCUGGCAUGGAAUUUCCCGUUGCUUACAUCUUGUGGCCGACGUUCGGAGCAUGUGCCUUCGUUUUCUUCUACUUCAGCGUUGUGACGCUCCGUGCCUACUUCCGCUCUGUCAGCGAGAUCGAGACAAUAGUGCACCAGUUCUCCGUGAAGGACACCUUGUGCUAUUGCUGCAGCAAUGACCACAUCGCGCCUGACGGUUCGGCGAUGGCCUGCGAUCGGAAGAUCGUGUUUAAGUGCAUCACUACUUGGUUCGGCAGUCUCAGCAACUUCGAGACCCGAGUUCGGGAGCAGGUUGCGAGAUGCUUAGAUGCACAGUUGACGCGAGAGGUCUUUACCUACAGGCAAUGUGCGGCAUCAGCAAUGCCUGUGCUUUGGCACUUUAUGGACUCGGCAUCAACUAUUGGCCAUGGUGCUGACCAUUAUGGCGAAAGCAGGCGGAUUUUCGCCGUUGUCAGAGAGUUUGUCCGUGGCAUCGGCUGGUCGUGCGGCGUGCUCCCAACGCUUUUCUUCGUGGCCGUCAGGCUUGCAGAAAGGUUGCAACGCCGACGGGGCAGCAGGCUCGGAGAGAUCUUGAUCAACUGCUGCAUUCUCGGAGCUGUGUGCCUGAUUAUGCUCGGGGCUUUGGUCUUUGAGAUCGCUUGUUGGAAUCUGCACCUCCUUGAUAUGGAACACAGCGGGCCCUAUGAGCUAUUUCCUGGGACUGCCGUAUUUUCUCUGUCCACGGUGUCACUUGCCGUGCUUCUCUUCUCCUGCAGGCGAUGUGUUGGCCUUCCGCAUCAGUUGCAGAAGCCAUCCGAGCCUGAGAAUGGUCACGAACUUGUGUGCCGUAGAACAAUAACUGCGCUCUAA